AUGGCUUCUUCCUCCCGCGGAAGGAGUAGCUCGCCGUUUUCUUACCGUAAACCUUCCACUCCUUACUCAUCCACUUCUUCCUCCUCUUCCUUCACUAACGGUAGGUUAAUGCCUCGCUCUUGCUCUUCCUCUACGUCGUCGUUUUUCAACUCCGGUGGCCGAUCCAUGACUCCGAGUCGCGGUCGCACCGAGUCAACGUACAACGGCUCGCGCGGUUACGCCGGCCGUUCUCCGGUGGCGUUAGGGGCGGAGGAAUUGAUCGCGGACCCGCUGGAUUCAUCGAGGUCCGGCGAUAGCAUUUCGGUCACGAUUCGGUUUAGGCCGUUGAGUGAAAGGGAGUAUCAGAGAGGGGAUGAGAUCGCGUGGUAUGCGGAUGGCGACAAGAUUGUCAGAAACGAGUAUAAUCCAGCUACUGCCUAUGCAUUUGAUAGAGUUUUUGGUCCACAUACCAAUUCAGAAGAAGUCUAUGAAGUAGCGGCAAAACCUGUGGUGAAAGCUGCCAUGGAGGGCAUCAAUGGUACUGUGUUUGCCUACGGUGUGACAAGUAGUGUGCAAGUUAAAAAGGGAGACCAAAAUUCCCCUGGUAUCAUACCACUGGCUAUAAAGGAUGUUUUCAGUAUGAUCCAAGAUACCCCAGGAAGAGAAUUCUUACUUCGAGUAUCAUAUCUAGAAAUAUACAAUGAGGUAAAUGACAAAACAGCCCUUGUGAUAAAUGAUUUACUUGAUCCAACUGGCCAAAAUUUGCGAGUUAGGGAAGAUGCACAGGGAACUUAUGUUGAGGGUAUAAAGGAGGAAGUUGUUCUAUCUCCUGGACAUGCACUUUCUUUUAUUGCUGCUGGAGAAGAGCAUCGUCAUGUUGGAUCAAACAAUUUUAAUCUCUUUAGCAGCCGCAGUCACACAAUAUUUACACUGAUGAUAGAGAGCAGUGCUCAUGGUGAUGAUUAUGAUGGAGUCAUCUUCUCUCAGCUAAACUUGAUUGAUUUGGCUGGAUCUGAGAGCUCAAAAACUGAAACAACUGGACUAAGAAGAAAGGAAGGAUCUUACAUCAACAAAAGUCUUCUGACACUUGGAACUGUUAUUGGAAAGUUGAGCGAGGGGAAGGCAUCUCAUGUUCCUUAUCGAGAUUCAAAGCUAACCCGCCUCUUGCAAUCAUCUCUUAGUGGACAUGGCCAUGUUUCGCUUAUAUGCACAGUAACUCCAGCAUCCAGCAAUAUGGAGGAAACUCAUAAUACCUUGAAGUUUGCCAGCAGGGCAAAACGAGUAGAAAUAUAUGCAUCACGUAAUAAGAUUAUUGAUGAGAAAUCUCUAAUUAAGAAAUACCAGAGAGAAAUUUCAGUCUUGAAACUAGAACUUGAUCAACUAAAGAAGGGGAUGCUAGUUGGCGUCAAUCACGAGGAAAUUUUAACCUUGAAGCAAAAGUUAGAAGAAGGUCAAGUGAAAAUGCAAUCAAGAUUGGAAGAAGAGGAGGAAGCCAAAGCUGCUCUUAUGAGUAGGAUCCAGAGGCUAACCAAACUCAUUCUGGUUUCCUCAAAGAAUGCAAUUCCUGGAUAUCUAACUGACGUUCCCAACCAUCAACGUAGUCAUUCUGUUGGCGAGGAUGAUAAAUUUGAUGCCUUGUCUGAUAGUGUGUUGAUUGAAAAUGAGAGUCAGAAAGAUACUUCUGCAGUGUCAUCAGAUCUGUCUCAUGACGUUAGACAUAAAAGAUCUUCUAGUAGAUGGAACGAAGAGUUCUCCCCAGCUAGCAGUACUAUUACUGAAUCCACACAGGCUGGUGAACUGAUCAGUAGAACAAAAUUAACAGUGGGUGGGAUGACUACGUCUGAUCAGAAGGAUCUUCUUGUUGAACAAGUCAAAAUGCUAGCUGGAGAUGUUGCUUUAAGUACCAGCACAUUGAAGCGCUUGAUGGAGCAAUCUGUAAAGGACCCUGAAGGCUCCAAAACUCAGAUUGAGAACUUGGAACGAGAGAUCCAAGAAAAAAGGAAGCAAAUGAGGGUGUUAGAACAAAGAUUAGUUGAAAUUGAGACUGGAGAUUCUCCAGUGGCUAACUCAUCACUAGUUGAAAUGCAGCAGGUUAGUGAUGUUGGUAUUGGAAUUAUCACAAGGUUAAUGACUCAAUGUAAUGAAAAAGCCUUUGAGCUGGAGCUAAAAUCUGCAGACAACCGUGUCCUUCAGGAACAGCUAAAUGAUAAGUGUUCUGAAAACCAAGAGUUGCAAGAAAAGGUGAAGCAGCUAGAGCGGCAACUUGCAACAGUUCCUAGUGGUACAUUUUUAAUGUCUUCUGAACAGUGUGCAUCAGGAGAACAUGCUGAUGAAUUGAAAAAGAAAAUACAAUCCCAGGAAAUUGAAAAUGAAAAACUGAAGCUAGAGCAAGUUCACUUGUCGGAAGAGAAUAGUGGGUUGCGUGUGCAGAAUCAGAAACUCUCUGAAGAAGCUUCUUAUGCCAAGGAACUGGCCUCUGCCGCUGCUGUGGAACUGAAAAAUUUGGCUGGGGAAGUGACAAAACUUUCAUUGCAGAAUGCAAAGUUGGAAAAAGAAGUGAAGGCUACUCGAGACCAGGUCAACUCUCGUAGUGCUGUUGUGCAAACAGUUAAUGGUGUUAACCGCAAGUUCAGUGAUGCCAGAUCUGCAAGGAAGGGGAGGAUUUCUAGCCGUGCUAAUGACAUUUCAGGAGCUGUUGUGGAUGAUUUUGAGUCAUGGAGUCUUGAUGUUGAUGAUUUAAAGAUGGAACUACAGGCUAGGAAACAGCGGGAGGCAGCUCUGGAGGCUGCAUUAGCCGAGAAGGAAUAUGUGGAGGAACAGUACAGGAAAAAAACUGAAGAGGCGAAGAAAAGAGAAGAAGCCUUGGAGAACGAUUUAGCAAAUAUGUGGGUCCUUGUUGCUAAGUUAAAAAAAGAAGGGGAUGCUGUUCCAGAAUCGAACAUGGAUAAACAAAAUGAUGGUGCAGAACACAUAAAUGAUACAAAAACUAAUGACGUUGAAAGUAAUAUAGUUCCCAAGGAACAGCUUUUUGAUGCACCAAAACCAGAUGAUGAAAUUCCCAAAGAAGAGCCACUGGUUGUUCGCCUCAAGGCGCGCAUGCAAGAAAUGAAGGAAAAAGAACUGAAGUACCUUGGGAAUGGUGACGCCAAUUCUCAUGUUUGUAAAGUAUGUUUUGAAUCUCCAACUGCAGCAAUUCUGCUUCCAUGCCGACAUUUUUGUUUGUGUAAAUCUUGCUCACUUGCUUGUUCUGAGUGUCCAAUAUGCCGCACAAAUAUUACAGAUAGGAUUUUUGCAUUUACAUAA